AUGGAAGAGGAGCAAACAAAAACUACCCUGACUUGCAUGCUAGCUACAUUAACGAGUGGACAAAGCGUGAAGCUAGAAAAAAUUGUUUCAGGGAUCACUUACACGGGUCAUUCUACAUCCGAUUACAUGGCAUGGUAUCGAAGUAUCACAAGGUUGCUCAUCACUCCACCUUCAAUUCAACGUCCUCCAAGUCACUAUCAACCUGCUACAACUGACCUUGUGAAGGUUAAUACUCUCAUCAAUGUUGUAUCGAGAUGCACCCGAGCGAUCUCAUCUGCUGAAGAUUUGACACCUGAAAAGGCCUUACCUUUCACUUUGGAUGCAUUACGCAGCUUUUCAUUGGCAUCGAAAGCCAAGCGACCACCUUCCGCACGAGCAAAACGAGAUCGAUUUAGAGCCCCCCGUGUUACUCCUGCAACUCCAGCAUCAUCUCACCCUCAGACUCCAACUCCAACUACCUCUGACAUCGAGACCUCAACUGCAGCAUCCUCUCAUGUUCAGACUCCCAUUUCGGUGGACAGGUCGACUCCUAUUCCUACUCCUACUCCUACUCUUACACCUACUCCUACUCCUACUACUCCGACAUGUGCUCCUAUGCUUGAACCUUUGAAACCUCCUGAAUCAUUCAUUGCAUCCCCUCCUGGACACAUAUUCUACGAACGCCGCAAGCGUGACAAGAAUGUACCUUCUUUGGUUACUAUUUUCUGGGACUGA